AACAUGGCAACCAGAUGGGGGAUCUGCAGUUCAGGAAGGAUCAGUCACGACUUCACUGUGGCUCUGAAAACUCUUCCAGCUGAAGACCACCAGGUUGUGGCUGUUGCAGCUCGGAAGUUGGAGGAUGCUCAGGAGUUUGCCAAUAAACACGGCAUCCCUCGAUCAUACGGCAGCUAUGAGGAGCUGGCCACAGAUCCAAACAUAGAUGUUGUGUACGUUGGGAAUAUCCACCCGUACCAUCUGAAGACCUGUUCGCUCUUUACAAAUGCCAAGAAGAACGUGCUGUGUGAGAAGCCUCUGGGCAUGAACACCAGGGAGGUGAAAGAGAUCCUGGACUCUGCUAAGAAGAACAACGUCUUCCUCAUGGAGGCUAUCUGGACCCGCUUUUUCCCGGUCUCUGUGGAGAUCAGGAGGCUGCUUGCUCUGGGGGAGCUGGGUGAAGUGAAGAUGGUUCGAUCUGAGUUUGGUCUGGCGCUGUUGCACAAACCCAGACUAGUAGAGAAGGAGUUAGGAGGAGGAGCGUUAAUGAGUCUUGGCAUGUACUGCCUGCAGUUUGCAUGCAUGGUGUACAAUGGAGAGAGGCCAGAGAGCAUCCAAGCCACAGGGGUCUGCCUGGAGACAGGAGUGGAUGAGACGGUGGUUGUCACUCUGAAGUUCUCCAGGGGCAGAAUGGCUGUGUUCGAUUACUCCUCAAGACUACAGCUGCUCAACGACGCCGUUAUUGUGGGAACCAAAGGCACAAUCCAGAUCCCUGCCCAGAUGUGGUGCCCUACAUCAUUAGUUGUGAACGGGAAGGAGACCCAGUUCCCCGUGCCAGAACCCGGUUUGCCUCUGAACUUUUCCAACGGUACAGGGAUGCGUUACGAAGCAGAAGAGGUGCGACAGUGCCUGCUCAAAGGGCUCAAGGAGAGUCCAGUCAUGUCUCACGCAGACUCUCUACUCCUGGUGGAGCUGAUGGAUGAGAUCCGCACACAGGUGGGGGUGGUGUACAGCCAGGACUCCCAGUAGAAGUUUAACACACUAACAACAACUUUGUAAUGAAG